GCCAGCCCGGUGCCGGUGCCCAUGAACCUCUUCGCCACGUGGGAGAUCGACCGCUCGGCGCCGAGCUGCGUGCCCAGGCUCUGCAGUCUGCGCCUGAAGAAACUCACGGUGCUGAAAGAGCUGGACAAAGAGCUGAGCUCUGUGCUUAUCGCUGUGAAGAUUCAGGGUUCAAAGCGAGUCCUGAGGUCAAAUGAAUACGUCCUCCCACCUGGGGGCCUGAUGGAGACUGAGCUGGAGCUGACCUUCUCACUGCAGUACCCACACUUCCUCAAGAGAGAUGGCAACAAACUUCAGAUCAUGCUGCAGCGGAGGAAGAGAUACAAGAACCGCACCAUCCUGGGCUACAAGACCCUGGCAGUGGGAAUCAUUAACAUGGCUGAGGUUAUGCAGCACCCGACGGAUGGCGGGCAACUUCUGGGCCUCCACAGCAACAUGAAGGAUGUGAACAUUCGAGUGGCUGAAAUCAGCAUCUACUCUCUGUCCAGUCAGCCCAUCGACCAUGAGGAUGGGAACGUCCCCUCAGGUCCUAAAAUCAAAGCUUCAGACAUUGAUAACUACUCUGAAGAAGAGGAUGACAGCUUCUCCUCAGAGCAGGAAGCCAGUGAUGAUGCUGUGCAGGGUCAGGAUCUGUUUGAUGAAGAGGAUGACUUGAGGAAAACUAAGAAGGCCAGGAGGAAAAUGAUCCGAACCACAUCAAUUACCAGACAACCAAACUUCAAGCAGAAAUUUGUGGCUUUGCUGAAGAGGUUCAAAGUGACAGAAGAGGUCCUGGACUCUGACCCUGUAGACCAGACCCAGGAGGUGGAAGAAGACCUGGGCUUGCUCUAUGACAGCCUGGAAGAGUGCAACAACAGUGACAGCGGCCCAGAGAUCGAGGACAAUGAGAGUGUGCACAGCACACCCAAGCCCACCCUGAGGCGUUUCUUUGAGGGAGUCUCUCAUUCUGGUUCCCAGACUGAGAUCGGCAGUCUGCACAGCCAGAAAGGGCAGGAUCAAGAGUCGGGCAGCCCUGGCGAGGCAGACAAGCAGAACCCAGGAGCACAGCGACCUCAGGAAGAGCCAGGAACAGAGGUCCCUGCAGUGGAGCUGGUGGCGGAGGAGCCGUGUUCCCGGCUGGCCCCCACAGAGGCUGCCAUGAGGGAAGGCAGCGUGGACAGACUGGCCCAGCUGGGACCUGGGACCAAAACUGAGCUCCCCAGUGCUGUAUCCCCCAGCAAGGCAGAGAGCAAGCAGUUGUGGCGUCCCCGCAGCACCUCUGUGAAGGACCGGCAGAGCUCAAAGGGACAAGGUGGACGUGCCAGCAGCCUGGACAGUGAGAGCUCUCCAGACUCAUGGCAUAGCACCCAGGUGCCUCGGAAGUCUGUUUAUGAUCAGCUGAACCAGAUCCUGGUGUCAGACGAGCAGCUCCCCGAGAGCAUUGUGCUGGUGAAUGUCGCUGAGUGGCAGGGGCAGUACGUGAGUGAGCAGCUCCAGGCGCACAAGCAAUUGGUUGUAUCCACCUGCUCCGUGGCAGACAUCCAGGCAGCCUUCAACACCACUGUCUCCCGCAUCCAGCGAUACUGUAACUGUAACUCCCAUAUGCCUCCCCCUGUGAAGGUGGUGGUGGCAGGGGACCAGAGCUACCUGAGUGUUGUCCUCCGUUUCUUUGUGGAGCAGCUGGCCAGCAAGACACCCGACUGGCUCAACUACCUUCGCUUCCUGCUUGUACCACUGGGCUCUCACCCUCUGGCCAAGUACCUGGCCUCAGUGGAUAACAAAUACAGCACUCUCUUCUUGGACACAGCUUGGCGGGAGCUGUUCAGCAGGGCUGAGCCACCCACCGCAGACACUGUGGAUAUAGCAGGCCGUGUUGCCCAGUUCAUCGCUGGAGCCAGCCUCUCUCACCAGCUUCCCAUCUCCGAGGCCAUGUUGACCUACAAGCAGAAGAGGAAGAGAAGUCUCUAUUUUGAUUUUUAUAUCAGCCCCGACGAGGACUCCUGCCAGAAGUUUGUCCCCUUUGUGGGGGUGGUGAAGGUGGGCCUGGUGGAACAGUCUUUCAGUGCCUCUGUGGACUCGGAUGAUGCCACAGUCUGCACCCCCUCCCUGUUGAGCUCAACACCAGCCUCCAGUGCAGCUGUUCCCUAUGGCAAGGAGACCGUGAGCACCCCGCCACCCUCUCCAUCUGUCAGCAGCGGCCUCUCGGGUGCUGGCCCUGGUGUGGAGGUGAUGGGCCUGCAGGUAGACUACUGGACAACACAAGGGCUGGACAGGAAGAAGGAGGGUGACAAGCGGGAGACGGGUAUCAAGAACACGCUCAAGAGCAACUUCCGCUCACUCCAGGUCAGCCGCAUCCCCAGCACAGGGGAACUGGUGCCCCCCAGCACCAUGGCCAUGACCGUGGUCACCAAGGAGAAAAACAAGAAAGUGAUGUUCCUGAGCAAGAAACCAAAAGAUAAAGACUUAGAACCCAAAAGCCAAGUCAUUGAAGGAAUCACACGCCUCAUCUGCACAGCCAAGCACCAGAACACCAUGUUGCGAGUCUCCAUAGAUGGGGUGGAGUGGAACGAUGUGAAGUUUUUCCAGCUGGCAGCACAGUGGCCAACACAUGUCAAGUACCUCCCUGUGGGCAUCUUCGGCUACUCGAAGAGUGUGUGAGACAUUGGGGCAUCCCUGGAAUGGAGCUGCACUGGCUUGCAGGAGGAGAUAGGGAGCUGGACAUGCUCUUGUCCCCAUCUUCUGCAGACCAGUCCCUGCCUGCUCAGUUGGGGGGGGAGGGAUACCACACCUGCAUCCUGUGGGCCAAGACCUGUGAAGGUGAGGCCAAUGAGGCCAGUGAGACCGGGUCCAUGCACCCUCCAACACCAGCCAGGACACCAUGCCAUCUGCCUCCCAUGUCCCCCAACAGCAGCCUGGGACAAGGGUUGGCACAAGCCAGCAGGGCCCCAGGAAGGGCUCUGGGCUCCACUCUGCAGAUGCACCUGCCAGACCAGCCCUCUAGCCAGCCAGGGUCCCAGCUGGGCUGGACCCAGGCAGGUUCCCCAGUGCUGCAGCCAGCCAGAUUGCUCUGUACAGGGGGCAGGUGCUGAGCAGGGCCCACCACACCUGUACCACCCUUGCCAGCCCCACUGCCAGCCUUGCACUGCUGUGCUGGCCCUGCUCUCCGCAGCACAGCCUCAGCAGCUUUUCCAGUCCCCCUGCAGCCCUGCUGCUGAGGCUGUCCUCUUCAUCUCCCCAUCCCUUCCCAACCAGCCUCACCCCCUGGUGCUGCCAGCUGGAGGUGUGGGAUGAGGGCACCUGAGUUUUUUUUUUUACAAGAUUCUAUUUUUUUUAAAUUUAUUGUAUGGUUACUUUUCGGGAUUAAUUUUAAUAAAUUAAUGCUGUUACCGUUAUGGCA